AUGACAAGAGCCGUUUCAGACCAAGCUGUGCCCGUUCAGCAGAUGGCACUUCAUCGCUCGCCCUCGACACUCCGUUCAUCCAUCUUAGGAUCCUCGCUCCUGCCUCCCCAAUGGUGCCUCAGUGCUCGCGUGGCCAGCAGAGCAUGGCGAGAUGGCCUGAAUAGUCAGUUGGCGCGACUGGAGACCUUAAGAGUGCUGCUGGAGUGUAUCGAUGAAUCGGGUCUUCCUGAUGACUUUGAUGCCAUGGUCAUGGCGGGGGAGGUGACAGCGCCCUGCUUUUGCCGCCCGAAACCCCAGUUUGAUGAGGCAGUGCGAGCGCUGGCUAAGAGCCAUUUUGCUUGGCAGCCCGGAAGUGCCUUCAUUCCUUUGGGGCAACUUUCAGGUCGGACCUUGCAGGCGGUGGUGCACUGUGGGGAUCGACAGCUUCUAACUGUGGAAGACUCCGUUAAGGUGAAGCAUCUCAAAGAACCUGCGGACUUGUAUAGCUGGACGCGCAAAUUCUGCGGAGAUCUUCCAAACAACCAGCGCUCAGCUCUAGUCUUGGUGUUGCGGCUUUUGCUGGAGAGCUACUCCUUCACCACAGUUUUGGUACUGCAUGCGAACGUGAUGGACACUUUGGUCUCAACCAUCCACGCCAUGCUGUGGGAGAGGAAGUGCACAUAA